AUGAAUCAAGGUAGACGACAGCGCAAAGGUUCAAGAUAUGCUACAUUAUGUUCGGUGGUCACUUCCAUGAUAUCCAUCAUAUUUGGAUAUGACACUGGUGUUAUGAGUGGAGCACUGAUAUUCAUAAGGGAGGAGCUAGGAAUCAGUGACACCCAACAAGAACUUCUUGCAGGCAUCUUGAACGUUUGUGCAUUGGUAGGGUCUUUAGUUGCAGGAAGGACCGCUGAUAUCAUUGGAAGACGCUACACAAUUUCCUUAGCAUCCAUCCUUUUCUUGGUUGGUUCAGUACUCAUGGGAUAUGGACCAAACUAUGCAAUUUUAAUGGCGGGAAGGUGUGUUGCUGGUCUUGGAGUGGGUUUUGCUCUUUUGAUGGCACCCAUUUAUUCAGGAGAAAUCUCCUCUGCUGAAGCACGAGGCUUUUUAAGCUCCCUACCUGAGCUUUGUAUUGGCAUUGGAAUUUUACUUGGUUACAUCAUAAACUACUUGUUAGGGAAAUUGCCUUUGAAGCUUGGAUGGAGAUUGAUGCUUGGUAUUGCAGCAGCUCCUUCACUUGCUUUGGCGGUGGGAAUUCUCGCAAUGCCGGAGUCUCCGAGGUGGUUGGUGGUGAAAGGCCAUUUGGCAAAAGCAAAGAAAGUUCUAGUAAAAAUUUCAGACAGUGAAGAAGAAGCUGAGCUUCGGUUCCGGGAGAUAAAGAGUGCUGCUGGGAUCGACGAGAAUUGCACUGAGGAAACGGUUAAACUGUCUCGAAAUAGCAGUGGUGAAGGGGUUUGGAAAGAGCUGAUUUUGAGGCCUUCUUAUGCUGUUCGACGGAUGCUGAUUGCAGCAGUGGGGAUUCACUUUUUCGAGCAUGCAACUGGAAUUGAAGCUGUUAUGUUAUACAGUCACAGAAUCUUCAAGAUAGCUGGUGUUACCAGUAAGGACAAGCUUUUGCUAGCCACCAUUGGAAUAGGUGUUACAAAAGUGUCUUGCUUGAUAGUCGCCACUUUUUUUCUUGACAAAAUUGGAAGACGACGCCUCUUGUUUAUAAGCACUGGAGGAAUGAUUGUUAGCCUUAGCUUGUUGGGAUUCAGCUUGACAAUGGUGGAUAAAUCCCAUGAGAAGCUGACAUGGGCCUUGGUUCUUAGCUUGGUGGGUACUUAUGUAUAUGUUGCAUUUUUCAAUCUUGGACUUGCACCUGUGACAUGGGUGUAUGGCUCGGAGAUUUUCCCUCUGAGGUUGAGAGCACAAGGAGCAAGUAUUGGAGUUGCAGUGAACAGACUCACCAAUGCUGCUAUUUCCAUGAGUUUUAUUUCGAUCUAUAAAAAAAUCACCAUAGGGGGUGCCUUUUUCUUGUUCGCUGGUACAUCUAUUCUGGCCAUGUUGUUCUUCUUCUUCUUCUUGCCCGAAACCAAGGGCAAGGCCUUGGAAGAGAUGGAGAUGGUUUUCGGCCAAAAGACAGAAAGGAAUGCUGCUGCUGCUGCUGCAACUACAGAAACCACCGAGCCGGAGCAGAAUGCGUAG